AUGUCUGAGAAGUGUGAGCCACCAAUUGGUAAUUGUGUGGCAGAGAUGAAGAUGAAACAGUCGGAUAAUGGCGAUGAGCGGACAAUUGGAAGCUCCCAUUUUCGUUUCCAUACCAUGAGCGAUUCAACAGCAAAAACUAAAGUGCGUGGACGUCGUAAGAAAAUGACCGUUCCAAAUACAAAAGAAAGCGACUAUGAAUGGUCGGUGGCGAAUAAAAAAGAUAUCGAUCCUUGCGAUUGUUUAUACGAUGGCUGUGAGGGAUGCUGGUAUCCCUGCGACAGAUGUGGCAGUACCAAAUGUUCAACAUUUUGUCGUCAGCGACGUCGUGAGGCGCCAUGGGAACAGCAAUACAUUGAAUGGAAGCGAUCGCAUUAG